GUUUUGUGUUCAUAGAAAAGAAGUCUUUGUACGUUAAACAACUUCUGUGUGUGUUUACGGAAAGUAGCCGUUAUAAUUUUAAAGAAAUUUUCAAAAAUCAAAAAUAUGGUUGGUACUUCGAUGGAAAAGCGCAUCUUUAAACAGUAUGAACCAACAAUUUGUUACAAUAAGCCGCCUUCAGCACAAGUUGAUCCAGCAGAGUAUGACAACAAACGGCUUGAAACGCUUUCAGGUGAGAUCGUCGAAACACUGAUCGUACCAAAACGCACCGCUCGCACUUGGACAAUGCAGGCUGGCGAUUUGUGUCGCAUUACGGUAUGUGAAGGUUCACAGGUGGGUGAUAUGAAUUUCUGGAAUUUGGACAAUAUCAAGGAACACUUCUACUCGGGCAAGACACGUCAGUUGCAUAGUACACAUCUCAAGGUUUACGAUCGCUUAUGGAGUAAUUUUCCCCAUUUGAGACCAAUGGCCACACUCGUCCACGACACGUUAGCGGAUUAUGGCAUCGACGAGCAUGGUGGUGCACUGCAUGAUGUAGUGGGUACGCGUUGUGAUGAUUAUACAUACAAAUUGAUUACCGGUAAAGAUCGUGUGGGCAGCUGUCAUAGUUCACUAACGAAAGCGAUUGUCCAGGAGCGUGGUAUGAAAGAGGAAGAUGUGCAUGACGUAUGGAAUAUUUUUAUGUGCACAGGUUUCACCAGAGAUACUCAACAAUAUUUUUGCAAGCCCAGCCCAGCACGCAAAGGCGACUAUCUCGAGUUUAUUGCCGAAAUUAAUCUAUUGAUUGCGCUAAGUGCCUGCCCACAAGGUGAUGUUUCAGUUGUGGUCGGUGAGGAAGUACCUGAUGAAAUAUGCCAUCCACUGAAAGUAGAAAUUUUUCGCAAAAGUAACAAUAAUUAACAAUUUACUUCCAUUUAGACAUACAUACAUACAUAUAUUCAUAUAUUGAAAUGUAUAUUUAAAAAAAUACACUCUAGAUACCUGCUUAGCACAAAAAUUAAUAUGAAA